ACAGGGAUUUCUCAGAACAAUUGCUCUCUCUCUCUCUCUCUCUGCUUUUUCUUACGAUUGUCAUUGUCAUUAAUUAAUCAGUAAAUGCUUUUAUUAUUUUAUCUGCCUCUGCUGCUAAUAUCCCAGCCAGGGUUAAAAAAAACUAACCCAACCCAACCCUUUAGGUUUAGACUUUAGAAUCGGAUAGCCCCAGCCCAAAGCAAGAAAAUAGUAAAAGAAGCCUCCUCCCCUUCCCCCACUUGUCGUAUUAUUUAUUUAUACAUCUAUCUCUUCUGCCAUGUCUGCUGUUUUAUAAUUAUUAUAUGUACUUUGCCAUUAUCUAGCUUUGCAUGCUGUUAGAGCUCGAGGAGGUGGUGGUGGAGGAAGCUCCCAGCAGCAGCUAUGGCGGCUAAGAAGGCCUUUGAGUCUUUAUCUAAGAGCUUUAUACAAGAGGUUCAGAGAUGGGGAUGUAUGAAGCAGACUGGGGUCAGUUUGAGGUACAUGAUGGAGUUUGGCUCCAGGCCUACUUCUAAGAAUUUGUUGAUUUCUGCUCAGUUUCUUCAUAAGGAAUUGCCUAUUCGAAUUGCUCGCCGAGUUAUUGAUCUCCAGUCUCUCCCUUAUGGUUUAUCUGAUAAACCCGCUGUUUUAAAGGUGCGAGAUUGGUAUCUGGAUUCUUUCCGUGAUCUUAGAUCCUUUCCUGAUAUCAAGGACUCAAAUGAUGAGAAGGACUUUACUCAAAUGAUUAAGGCAAUUAAGGUCAGACACAACAACGUGGUCCCUAUGAUGGCCUUAGGUGUUCAACAGUUGAAGAAAGGCAUGGAUCCUAAGAUUGUUUAUGAAGAUCUUGAUGAGAUUCAUAACUUUUUGGAUAGGUUUUACAUGUCUAGAAUUGGAAUCAGAAUGCUCAUUGGGCAGCAUGUGGAGUUGCACAAUCCCAACCCCCCUCCUCAUUGCAUAGGUUAUAUUCAUACAAAAAUGUCUCCUGUCGAGGUAGCCCGAAAUGCCACUGAGGACGCCCGUGCUAUCUGUCUGCGGGAAUAUGGUAGUGCUCCCAAUGUUAGUAUUUAUGGUGAUCCCAGCUUCACUUUCCCGUAUGUUCCAGCACACUUGCAUCUUAUGGUGUUUGAGUUGGUCAAGAAUUCCUUGCGUGCUGUGCAAGAACGCUACAUGGACUCUGACAAAGUAGCCCCUCCUGUACGAUUAAUAGUCGCUGAAGGAAUUGAGGAUGUCACUAUCAAGGUAUCAGAUGAAGGGGGUGGUAUUCCAAGAAGUGGUCUUCCCAAAAUUUUCACAUACCUUUACAGUACCGCAAAAAACCCACUGGAUGAGCAUGCUGAUCUUGGAACAGCUGAUACAGUAACAAUGGCUGGAUAUGGAUAUGGGCUACCAAUUAGCCGCUUGUAUGCUCGGUAUUUUGGAGGCGAUCUGCAAGUUAUUUCUAUGGAAGGAUAUGGUACUGAUGCAUAUCUUCAUUUGCUGCGACUGGGAGAUUCACAAGAGCCCCUGCCAUGAGUGUUCAACUUCAGAGUUGACCUUACCGAACUUCUCAGAAUUGACCAUGCAAUUCUCUCUUCUCUCUCUUUCUUUUUUCCCUUCCUUUUCAAUAGUAGGAGGAGUAUCCGUCAUUGAUGAAAUUUGAACCGCAGUAUAUAUUUGAAGGAUGCGACAUGUUGAUUCUUCAGUCUAACAAAUUGGCAGUCCUUGAGCAUACUUGAAUUGCUCUUAUAUAUCUAGUAGCUUCAGCAGUCGUUCAUUUGUUUUA